AUGCAAUCUAGCGCUGAAUCCAGGCCGGUCCACAUCCUCUUUGUCGGAGCAGGAGCGGUGGGCUGCUUCUACGCAUCACGACUCCAUCACCCCGCCAGCAGUGUCUAUACGUCUCUGACGGCGCGUUCCAAUUACUCGGUCAUCGCUAAGUCAGGGGUCACUCUCCAGACCCAUUCAUUCGGAGACUACAACUUCACGCCGCAUGCUGUAUUUCCUUCGGUCACAGCUGCGGCUGAAACAAAGUCGGAAGACGGGGUUGGUGCUCCGCGUGAUGGAUGGGACUACGUUGUUGUCACGACCAAGGCCCUUCCUGAUCAGUCCGAUGACUCUCAACUCAUUGCGCCUCUCAUCUCGGCCAAGUCCUGCAUAGUACUCAUCCAGAAUGGGGUCGGUGUCGAGGAGCCGUACCGCAAACGCUUCCCACGGAACCCCAUCAUCAGUGGUGUGACCGUGGUCAGCGCAGAGCAGAUCAAGCAAGGCACGAUACGGCAAAACAGGUGGACCAGGAUAAGCUUAGGACCAUACGGCGAGGGGCGUACGGGCAAUGGGCCAGCAAGCAACGGCACAAAGCGACUGCUCACCGAAGGGCACGCGCGCAUGGACGACCUUGCACGGUGGUGGACCGAGCUGGGUGGAAUCAAGGACGUCGAGACACAUACGGAACUCGAGCUGCAGACGAUCCGCUGGCAUAAACUGACCAUCAACGCGGCGUUCAACCCAACGGCAGUCGCAUCUGGCGGUCGUGGUAACGCUGAUCAGCUCAAAGAUCCAGAGUUGAGGGAACACAUCCUGGGCAUCAUGAACGAAAUAUGGACCGCAGUACCAAAAAUUCUCGGCAAGCCAUUUCCGGAGAACCUGGCAACCCCAGAGCGGAUCGUCCGGAGCACUGAGCGAAAUGCAGGCGCGAAGCCAAGCAUGUUGUUGGACUGGGAAGCCGGGCGUCCUAUGGAGCUCGAGGUCAUUCUGGGUAAUCCGGUGAGGAUCGCGAGGCAAGCUGGCGUUGAGAUGCCGCGAUUGCAAAGUAUCUAUGCGCUCCUAAAAAGCAUGCAGGAGGUAAGAGAUGCCUCCAGGAAAGCCAAGCUUUGA